AUGAUGGAACCAGAAACCAAUCACAGUAUUACGGAAGAAAAGCCAUUGUUAUCGGACGAUUGUGUCGGCAUUACAAUUGAUACAGACAACAUCCAUGAUAAGAUUGUGUUAAAGGUGAAGACAAUUAGUGAGAAACCGCUGCGUGUGGAGAUUGUACCAUUGGCGACUGUCGGGGAGCUUAAGGAUCUCAUUAAGAAGAAAGCAAAUGCUGAGGGUAAAUAUUUGCGAUUGAUUCAUCAAGGAAAGAUGCUGUCAGAUGAUAAAGUGACAUUGGAGAGCUGUAAAGUCAAGAACGAUGACUUUGUUCAUUGUGCGAUUAGCUCAGCACCGUCAAAAAUGGUUGUGAAUCAGACAACGGGUAGUGAUAGUGAUUUAGAGGAUAGAGAUGAUCCAUCUGCAAGGAGAGGCUUUGAUCGACUUCGUGACCGACUCAGCCGGGAAGAAGUUCAGGCACUACGUCUUUAUUUCUACCCACAGCUCUCGUUGUUUAUCAGUCAAGCAGAACAUGUACCUGGAGAGAGCAGUGAGGACCGGAUAUACCGUCUUGAAGAUGAGUGGAUGGCAUCACAGGGACCACAGUCUGAGUUUGCACUGAAUGUUGUGCCUACGGCACGUAUUGCAAUGGAUGCGCAGAUUGAUAUGAAUGGUAUAAACAAUUCUAUUUUAGCAGCAGAUAACGAAGGCACUGGCACUGAAUUUUUGUGGGGGUUCCUGAUGGGUCUUUUGCUGGGUGUAUUUAUGCUUUUGAUGCUUCUUGAUCGCUCCGUUCCGCGUAAGCAAAAAGUUGGUCUACUGUUGGGCGUGAGCAUGAAUUUUUUCCUGAGCGUUGUACCUCGCGCUGUCUCCGAGCAAUAA